AUUUGUCCCUUAACUUAGCUUGUUCUACUUCUUCUUCUUCUUCUUCCUCCUUUUGAAGUAGCUAGCUAGCUAGUUCCAACUUCCAACAUGGUGAGGGCUCCAUGCUGUGAGAAAAUGGGGCUUAAGAAGGGGCCAUGGACAUCAGAAGAAGAUCAGAUCUUAAUAACUCACAUCCAGAGGUUUGGCCAUGGCAACUGGCGUGCUCUUCCAAAACAAGCUGGUUUGUUGAGAUGUGGAAAAAGUUGCAGACUUAGAUGGAUAAAUUACCUUCGCCCAGACAUUAAACGUGGCAACUUCUCCAGAGAAGAAGAAGAGACCAUCAUCAGCUUGCACCAGCUACUAGGAAAUAAAUGGUCUGCAAUUGCGUCAAGGUUGCCAGGGAGAACAGACAAUGAGAUCAAGAACGUCUGGCACACACACCUGAAGAAAAGAGUUAAACAAGAAGCUGGCCAGACAUUGCAACAAGAACCCAAGAGAAUUAAGGGGAAUGAUCAAGACAGCAAGAAGCUGAUCAUGAAUAAUGUUAAUAAUAUUGAUCCAGUGUCACCGGAAAGAUCAUACAGCACUGAUAUAUCAUCUUCAUGCACUGAAUUAUCAAAUUUUGCUAGCAAAGAACAUUGCAUGGAUUCAUCGGAAGAAGUUCCAGUUAUUGAAGAUAGUUUCUGGUCAGAAGCUUUGUCAAUGGACACUAGUACAAGCAGUACUGCAGAAGUGGAUUACACACCAUUUGGAUGUGGAUUUGGAUUUGGUUAUGAAUAUGAUCAGAAUUAUAUUACUGCUCCUUUUAAUGAUCCUUUCAACUGCACGGACGUGUCCUAUAAUGAUCACAUGAGUUUUUGGUUGAAAAUGCUGGAAUCUGGAGAUUUACAGGAAUUGCCUGAAAUCUAAGAAUAUAAUUGAUUCAUGCAUGGUGAUGAUGGUACAUUUUAUACUCAAAAUUAAGGUAAAGGAGCUGAUCAAACAAAAGCAAGCAUUAAUUAGUUGGAUAACUUAAUCAGGUUGUUCUUUAAUUUUACAAAACAAUUAAUGUUGAUAAACAAUAAACAUUGACUGAUAUAUAUUAAUUGUAAAUAGAGAUCGUCUCAGCUCAGGGACAGAAGUCAGAGAACCUGUAAGAGAAGUACUUAUUCUUUUUUUUUUUUUUAAUGAAAACAAAUUAUUAUUUUUUGUUUAAUUAAUUCCCAUAUGUACGAACUGUCUUAUAAUAUCUAAUGGUUAAUUUGUACUAUAUAGGCAUAUCAUCCUAUUG